CCGCUGCUACUGUGAGCCGGAGGCGCGGGGACCGCUUGGCGCCGCGCUGCCCCGCGGGGAGGCAGGACCCGGGGACGGCGGACCUCCCUGCUCCCCGUCGUGGACGCUCGCUCGCUGCACGGCGUUCCUCGGACGCCCCCGUUCCGGACCGGCCCUCGGGAGCCGCAGGCCCCGCCUCCCGCGAAGACUUCACCCCGAAGCCGGGGCGCACCCCUCGCACGCCGCCCUCCCCCCAGCCUGCGUCCCGAGUGCCCCGCGCCCCGGGACCCUCUCUCCCUCCCCCGGGAGGCCGGCCUCACUCACCCGCUGGCGGCAGCUCCCCUAUUUAAGAGCACCCCCUUUUCGGUCCCAGAGAGCGCUCAUCUCGACCCCCACCCGACCCCGGGGGCACACCGAGACGCCCCGUGUCAGAGCCCCGCUCGACCUCAACCUACUCGGGGCUGCCUCCUACCUUCCCGCGGGAGACCCCCCUCCCGGGCCCUGCAGGGGCGGGGACCCCGCAUCCCACCUUAGCCCGGGGUCCGCGCUCUCCGCCUCGCCGCGGGGCGCCGCCUCUCCCAUGCCGCCCUCGGGGCUGCGGCUGCUGCCGCUUCUGCUCCCGCUCCCGUGGCUUCUCGUGCUGACGCCCGGGAGGCCGGCCGUGGGACUCUCCACCUGCAAGACCAUCGACAUGGAGCUGGUGAAGCGCAAGCGCAUCGAAGCCAUCCGCGGCCAGAUCCUGUCCAAGCUCCGGCUCGCCAGCCCCCCGAGCCAGGGGGAGGUGCCGCCCGGCCCGCUGCCCGAGGCCGUGCUCGCUCUGUACAACAGCACCCGAGACCGGGUAGCCGGCGAGAGCGCCGACCCGGAGCCUGAGCCCGAGGCGGACUACUACGCCAAAGAGGUCACCCGCGUGCUCAUGGUGGAGCGCAGCAACGCAAUCUAUGAUAAAACCAAAGACGUCCCACACAGUGUCUAUAUGUUCUUCAAUAUGUCAGACAUUCGGGAAGCAGUGCCUGAACCCCCAUUGCUGUCCCGGGCAGAGCUGCGUCUACAGAGAUUCAAGUCAAAUGUAGAACAACACGUGGAACUCUACCAGAAAUACAGCAACAAUACCUGGCGUUACCUUGGUAACAGACUCCUGUCCCCCACCGAUACGCCGGAGUGGUUGUCUUUUGAUGUCACCACAGUUGUACGGCAGUGGCUGAACCAAGGAGAUGGGAUACAGGGCUUUCGCUUCAGCGCCCACUGCUCUUGUGACAGCAAAGACAACGCACUCCGCGUGGAGAUCAGCGGGAUCAGCCUCAAACGUCGAGGUGACAUGAGCACCAUCCGUGACAUGAACAGACCCUUCCUGCUCCUCAUGGCCACCCCGCUGGAGAGGGCCCAGCACCUGCACAGCUCACGGCAUCGCAGAGCCCUGGACACCAACUACUGCUUCAGCUCCACGGAGAAGAACUGCUGUGUGCGGCAGCUGUACAUCGACUUUCGCAAGGACCUGGGCUGGAAGUGGAUUCACGAGCCCAAGGGCUACCACGCCAACUUCUGUCUGGGGCCCUGUCCCUACAUUUGGAGCCUGGACACACAGUACAGCAAGGUCCUUGCCCUCUACAACCAACACAACCCGGGUGCUUCGGCGUCUCCGUGCUGUGUGCCCCAGGCGCUGGAGCCGCUGCCCAUCGUGUACUACGUGGGUCGCAAGCCCAAGGUGGAGCAGCUGUCCAACAUGAUCGUGCGCUCCUGCAAGUGCAGCUGAGGCCCCGCCCCGCCCCGCCCCUCCCGGCAGGCCCGGCCCCGCCCCCCCGCCCCGCCCGCAGCGCCCGGGGCUGUAUUUAAGGACACCUGCACCCCCCGAUGCCCACCUGGGGGGGGUCCACAUUAAAGGUGAGAGAGGA